AUGGCGAAACCCGGCAUCUCAAAGAAGGCGAAAGCCCCCUCCAAGCACUCCCGCGCCGCGCGCCGCGAGACGGACGUGGACAUUGACACGGACAAGUCGCUCAAGAACGUCAAGGCGCCCGCCGAGUCUGUCGAUGCGCGCCCCUCGGUCCUGCAGGCCCAGCACGGCGCCGGCAUCACCAAGAGGAGCAAGGCCGGCCGCAAGGCCGUGCUCAGCACCAAGGCCCGCCGUCGUGCCGAAAAGGGCGCCGACCGCGCCGAGGCCAUCAUGGACCGCACCGCCAACAAGAAGGAGAAGAGCAGGGGCCACUCCAAGGUCAUCCAGGGCCGGGCCAAGAACUGGGAGGACGUCAACAAGAAGUCGCUUGACGAGGUCAGGCGCGCGCUGAUGGCGGCCGAGAACGACUCGGCCGACGAGGACGAGCAUGUCAGGGACGCUGCGGCGGCUGGCGAGGACAAGGGGGACAAGGAGGCCGAGACGGACGAGGAGAUGGAUGCUGCGCCGGUUGUGGCAGGGAAGGAGACUGCUGCUGCUGCUGCUGCUGCGCCGGCGAGUGACGAACUUGACGAAGAGAUUCUAUGA